GUGAUAUGUUGUCUGAUGCUGAGAAAAGGAAGCAAAUAAGUGUUAGAGGGAUUGCUCAGUUGGAAAAUGUGACAAAUCUUAAAUCUGACUUCAACAGACACUUGCAUUUUGAUGGUGUUAAAGAUAGGAACGUCGCAACGUCCCUCGACUUCUAUCAAGCGUUAGCACGUACAGUUUGGGAUCAUCUUUGCUCUCGAUGGAUUCGAUCUCAGCAGUUUUACCAUAGAGAGGAUCCAAAGGUUAAUCAUAUUUUCGAUAUCUUACUGUUUUUGCGUAAUUUGAAGUGUCGAUUUCUUGCUUUUUUUCGACUUAGGAAGACUCAGUUAACUCACUUGCGUUAAUAAAGUAUUUGUGAAGUAAGAUUAUUUUGAUCAUUCCCAUCGUAAAGUUGUUCUUUUGUAUAAAAGUGAGCAAACAACAGGCGAAAUUCUUUUCGACUGAAGUUUGUCACGGACUAUUUGUGAUAUAUUCAGAACGUUUGUAUAUUCUCAUCUUUGAAAAAUCUUAAAAUGUUGGCUUUGUAUUAAAAAACAAUGAUGUUUUCAACACUUGAUCAGUGGACUAAUGAACAAGUCUUUAAAGACCUGCAAUGUUUUGAGGUUUGGCAGCCUAAAAUUAUGACAAAAUUAUGCGAAGCGUUACUAUAUUCUGACAUGAUACUUCGUUGGUAAUUUGUGCUAGGUGAAAUAUGCACCACACAUUUUCUGGAGAACGUGUAACAUGUUUCUAUGGUCCUUUCAGUGUAUGGGAUUUUCGAAAUAUAAGCAUUUUUGGCAGCUUAUUAUACCCUUCCGUUUCCCCCAUUACUAUUAUUAUCAUUAUGAUUAUUUUACACUACUUUACACUAAUCUCGUCGCCAUUCUCUUUUCCUCUUCUCAUUCUCAUUGUUUUAUGUGGCGCAUAUAUAUUUGGUGCCCCCUUGCACCAGUAUUUAUGUGUUCAAACAAACAAACAAACAAAUAAGUAAAUAAGCUUAUUAUCAAUAUUUAUGUAAUUCACUUCAAUGAGACAAAGUUCCAUGUGAGCAAACAUUGUGAUGGUGAAAAUAGCGAAACGACGUACUGGCGAUCGAAUACAGAAUUUACUUACGUUUUAAAAUUGAGGUUCAAAUAAAAUCUGAUUUAACUGAUGGUUCAUUGCCUUCACUGAUAGUAGCUGUCUUUAUAAUUUAUGGAUUGCUAAAACUAUCCUGAUUCCUUGUCUGGUCGAAAUUGAUAUACAAAGCACACGGAGAUCUUAAUACUCACGUGGCCGAUGUGGUUACUUCGUUUCUUUUGACCUAGCCACCUGGCAAUCGUUUGAUAAAGUACCCUAAAACUACAGAAUCAAAAUUAAGGUUACUUUAUGGUGAUUUUCGAGGUCUCUCCGUGUGUGGACAUCAAAAGUGAUGUAUUUUCUUCCAUUUUCAAGGAAGUAAGUUAUGCGCCACUUCGCUAGACUACUGUGUUUAGCCCUAAAAACGGUUGUGUAAACAUUAUAUGUUUCUUCUGAUCAUCCCAUCUUGUUAGACAUUGACGAAAUAGUUUUAAGAGGUCGAUUCGCACUAGUGAAACCUUUUAAAUCUUGCUUUGCUUCGACUCAGUAUCCGGCACUGACCACGUAAAUGUGUUACUAUCUUAGGAACAACAUUUUAUGUUGUGCGAAUUGAUUAUAAUUCAUUAACUUGAAAGGAUGUAAAUGAGGUGUUGUUUAUUUUUGCGAUGCGCUUCUUAGUCACAAGAAGAUUAACCUAUCAAAUAUCUCGUUAACUACGUGCUUAUCGUUUGAUUUCAACCCUACCCCACUUCAUCUUAGUGUACAAACUUGUAAAAAAUUUGGAUUCUGUUGUUCAGUAUUAUUAUUCCUGUUAUCUUACUACAAACAAAUAAAGAUAAUUAUCUUGUUUUCAUAUUGCAGCGCAUAUACUAUUUGUCCUUAGAAUUUUACAUGGGCCGCACUUUGACCAAUACAAUGCUGAAUGUAAAUAUUGCUGCUGCAGUAGAUGAGGCGAUGUACCAAUUGGGACUGGAUAUUGAGGAACUAGAGGAAAUGGAGUCUGAUGCUGGUCUUGGCAAUGGUGGGUUAGGACGUCUAGCUGCCUGUUUCUUGGAUUCAAUGGCAACAUUAGGGUUGGCAGCUUAUGGAUAUGGCAUCCGUUAUGAUUAUGGCAUUUUUGAACAGUCUAUUCGCGAUGGCUGGCAGGUUGAAGAACCCGACGAGUGGUUACGCUUUGGAAACCCUUGGGAAAAAGGUAGACCAGAAUAUUGCUAUCCUGUCAACUUUUACGGGCGUGUUGAAGAUGCUGGAAAUGGACGUAGACGAUGGGUUGAUGCUCAUCCAGUCUUUGCAAUGCCCUAUGACACCCCAGUUCCAGGGUAUAGAAAUAACACUUGCAAUACUCUUCGGCUGUGGUCUGCCAAAGCUCCAAAAAGUUUUGAUCUCGGUAUAUUUAAUAUGGGUGAUUACAUAAACGCUGUAUGUGCACGUAAUCAUGCGGAAAAUAUAUCCAGAGUUCUUUAUCCAAAUGACAAUUUCUUUGUUGGGAAGGAACUUCGCCUUCGUCAAGAGUAUUUCUUAGUUGCUGCCACUUUGCAGGAUAUAAUUCGGCGUUUUAGAAGUAAUGAUUCCCACCAUCGAUCGUUUGAUGAAUUUCCCAACAAAGUUGCUAUCCAAUUGAAUGACACACAUCCCUCACUGGCAAUUCCUGAAUUACUACGUAUCUUAGUUGACUUGGAAGGUUUAGAGUGGAAAAAAGCAUGGGAUAUAAGUUACCAUACAUUUGCGUAUACAAACCAUACAAUCUUACCUGAAGCAUUGGAACGUUGGCCUGUCACAUUAUUGGAGCAUAUAUUACCACGUCAUUUAGAAAUUAUCUAUCAAAUUAAUGCUGAGUUCUUAGAUAUUGUACGUGCGAAAUGGCCAAACGAUGAUGACCGUAUUCGUCGUAUGUCAUUGGUAGAAGAAGAAGGCGAAAAACGUAUUAAUAUGGCCUACUUGUGUAUUGUAGGAUCUCACACAGUUAAUGGAGUCGCAGCAAUACAUUCACACUUAUUGAAAACUCAAACUUUCAAAGAUUUCGCUGAAUUAUGGCCAAAUAAAUUUCAGAAUAAAACAAACGGUAUUACACCUCGUCGUUGGUUGCUAUUAUGUAAUCCAAAUUUGUCAGACUUAAUUAUGGAAGGAAUGAAUGGCAGUGAAUCAUGGAUUGUUAACCUUAACGAAAUCGCUCAGUUAAAAUCACGUGUAAAUGAUGUUAAUUUUCUACGUCAGUUGAUACGUAUCAAACGGGAAAACAAGGCUAAAUUUGCUUCUUAUCUGGAACAACAUUAUGGUGUAACAAUCAACCCAGCAUCUCUAUUUGAUAUCCAAGUCAAAAGAAUUCAUGAGUACAAACGUCAACUAUUAAACUGCUUACAUGUUAUCACUUUGUACAAUCGUAUUAAAGCUAAUCCUGAAAUACCAAUCUGUCCACGUACAGUUAUGAUUGGGGGUAAAGCUGCUCCAGGUUAUCAUAUGGCCAAACUUAUUAUCAAGUUGAUCAAUUCCGUAGGUAAAGUUGUCAAUAAUGAUCCAGUUGUACGUGGUAGAAUUAAACUUAUUUUCCUUGAAAAUUAUCGUGUAUCUUUGGCUGAAAAAAUAUUCCCCGCCGCUGAAUUGUCGGAACAAAUUUCUACAGCUGGUACAGAAGCGUCGGGUACCGGUAACAUGAAAUUUAUGGUAAGUCACUAAAAUUGUUUAGAUUUAGUCUACACAUAAAAUGCGAAAUACUGACUUGUUAAUAAACAUUCUGUUUAUUUUUUUGAAUUUCUGAUUUCUCCAAGUUCUGCAUUAAUUUAUUACUUGGUUAGAAAAUAACUAUCAUGUUUUAGAAGGUAAAAUACAUCAUCUCUCUUACUUUGAGUUGUAGUUCUAAUGUAUUUUACUGUUUCUGAACAAACAUUAUUGUAUUUACUUCUCUUAAUUAUUAUCAUACGGGAUACGUAUUAAUUUGUGUUCUCAGUGGAGGCUGAUAGAUUUCCUUUUUGUUCAAAACUAUAUGAAAUUGACAUCAUCUUGACUAAGUAACAAGACACUUAGAAUGUGA